GGACGGAACAGGAAAGAUUUGACCCCCGCUGACUGGGUUGGUGAUAUCUGUUAAGACAGCCAUGAGGUGGUACCCUGCUCCUCCUCUGCUGCUCCUCCUCUCCCUCCUGUUAGGGAGGUCAUGGGGUCAAAGCCCAGGGUUCAGGAUCUGUGCUUUCAACGUGCAGAACUUCAAUGACGCCAAAGCAUCGGAUGCCAGGAUUGUGCAUGUUUUGAUACGGAUUGUGUCUCGCUGUGACAUCAUCCUCCUGCAGGAGGUGAAGGAUCCUCAGGGUUCAGCCAUUAAGACUCUUCUGGUGGCUGUCAACAGGGACAAUGAAAGGUAUGAUGACAAAUAUACAUACCAGUCUGUCUCAAGCAAGGGUCUGGGAAACUCAGCCAAUGACAUGCAGCAGUAUGUCUUCCUCUACAGGGAGGAGAUGGUGAGUGUAAUGGGUCAGCACCAGUACCAGAAGAAUCACUCCUUUAUCAGAGAACCAUUUGCAGUCCACUUUCACAGCAAAAGAACCGCGAUCAGGGACUUUGUCCUGGUUCCUCUCCACACAGCACCCCACCAGGCCGUUCAGGAGAUUGACCGACUCUAUGAUGUCUAUGAGGAAAUCACCAAGAAGUGGAAAACCCAGAAUGUAAUGUUUCUAGGGGACUUCAAUGCAGGCUGUGCCCACAUGACCCAUUCCAAUAGGAAACAGAUCCGACUAUACACCAAGAAGGGUUUCUAUUGGCUGAUAGGAGACAAGGUGGACACUGUGGUAUACGACACCACUGACUGUCCAUAUGACAGGAUUGUGGUGCAUGGGACUCCCUUCCUGAAGACGAUUAAGCCAGCCUCAGCUAAAGUCUUUAAGUUUUCCCAGGAGUUCAAACUGCCCAUGGACCGGGUGCUGAAGGUGAGCGACCACUACCCUGUGGAGGUGGAGCUUCGAAGCUCUGCUCAUCUGGUUCAAACCAUGCCUCUCGUGAUCCUCCUUGGUCUCUCUGUGAUUGUGCAGGCUUCCCUGAAAGCUCUAUGAUCAUUUGGUUGAGUCUUGCAUGUAUCUGGUAUAGAGCUACAGGUUGGGUUGAUGGAAAUGUGAUUCAGCCAAAUUCCAUUGAGUACAAACACAAGACUAACUGUCUUAUGAAUUGCAGCAUGUGUUACAUGUAUGCAAUCAACAUGAUACUAUAUUUACCUCUGCCAUUCUGUGGAUGUAGUUGGCCAAAAUCUUUUUAAUAUGGCUGAAUAUUUUUUUUUAAGUAUUGGUUCAAAUGACCCUCAGGGGAAAUGAAACUCUCAGUCUUUGUAAAUGUUACUGCAAUACUCUACCCAGUGAUAAUUUUAAGGUCCAUUUUAUUCUAAAAACCCACAGCUGGUAAUAGAAAAUGAAUAGAAAUAAUGAUAAAGCAUUGAAAGUGUUGAGCCAACUGCUGCUUACCCAAGGGAAAUUUCUAAUCUCUAAAUCAAUACAAAGUACAGCUAAUAUUGAGCUGUCAUCACUACUGAUACCAUGGUUAUUGAGCUUUGAAGAACCAAACUGCACUGCUGUUCUAGUACAACUCUUAAAUGUUAUCAAUGUGAAUGGUAAUGACAAAGUUGUAGAUUUUGUAACAAGUAAAAUUAUCCUAACAAAACAAUGUAAUAAUUUAUCAUCCACCUCAGGAGUAACAAUGCUUUUAUCAGAACAAGAAAUACAGUAUACUCAGAUAAACUCUUAAGUUAUCGUUCUCUUUUCAAUACUCAAACACUUCCUGAUGUUGUUGUUUUUUUGUUGUUUUUUUUUGUUUUUAAUUUGGCUUUGUAGACUCAUUAGCCAUCUGUAAAACUUUAAAAAAAACGUCAUCUUCACAAAACUUUGUUUAUUACAUACUUAAAUGUCAAACGGGUAACCUAUGAUCUCUAACUGAUUACAUUUUGGAAGCAAUCUGCAGGCGCCUGAUGGAUUUUUGUCUUAUUCAAUUUGUCUGUCUGAUGGCUUAGUGUCCGCAGGAUUUAGUCUAGGUUUGAAUUCUUGCCUUAAGCCUCUAUGGCGUUCUUGAUAUGUUCAACAAAAACUGUUUUAUAAUGUACAUAGACUGAUGUAAAUACUUGAAAUAUCAUAUUUCAGAAUCUUUUUUUGGGAUAUUUUUGCACGUUUGUGUAUUUUUAAUAUUCAUUAAAGUU